CGGUUCCAAGAUGGCGGCGGGAGUGGCCGGGUGGGGGGUUGAGGCGGACGAGUUCGAGGAUGCGCCUGAUGUGGAGCCGCUGGAGCCCACGCUCAGCAACAUCAUCGAGCAGCGCAGCCUCAAGUGGAUCUUUGUCGGGGGCAAGGGCGGCGUGGGCAAGACCACCUGCAGCUGCAGCUUAGCAGUCCAGCUCUCCAAGGGGCGGGAAAGUGUCCUCAUCAUCUCCACAGACCCAGCCCACAAUAUCUCAGAUGCUUUUGACCAGAAGUUCUCCAAGGUGCCUACCAAGGUCAAAGGCUAUGACAACCUCUUUGCCAUGGAGAUCGACCCCAGCCUGGGUGUGGCUGAGCUGCCCGACGAGUUCUUCGAGGAGGACAACAUGUUGAGCAUGGGCAAGAAAAUGAUGCAGGAGGCCAUGAGCGCCUUCCCGGGUAUCGACGAGGCCAUGAGCUAUGCCGAGGUCAUGAGGCUGGUGAAGGGCAUGAACUUCUCCGUGGUGGUAUUUGACACGGCACCCACGGGCCACACGCUCAGGCUGCUCAACUUCCCCACCAUCGUGGAACGAGGCCUGGGCCGACUCAUGCAGAUCAAAACGCAGAUCAGCCCCUUCAUCUCCCAGAUGUGCAACAUGCUAGGCCUAGGAGACAUGAACGCAGACCAGCUGGCCUCCAAACUAGAGGAGACGCUGCCCGUCAUCCGCUCUGUCAGUGAACAGUUCAAAGACCCUGAGCAGACGACCUUCAUCUGCGUGUGCAUCGCCGAGUUCCUGUCCCUAUACGAGACGGAGCGGCUGAUCCAGGAGUUAGCCAAGUGCAAGAUUGACACCCACAAUAUCAUUGUGAACCAGCUCGUCUUCCCUGACCCCGAGAAGCCCUGCAAGAUGUGUGAGGCCCGCCACAAGAUCCAAGCCAAAUACCUGGACCAGAUGGAGGACCUGUAUGAAGACUUCCAUAUCGUGAAGCUGCCAUUGCUACCGCACGAGGUGCGGGGGUCAGACAAGGUCAACACCUUCUCUGCCCUCCUCCUGGAGCCCUACAAACCCCCCAGCGCCCAGUAGCACCGCACCAGCCCUCGCUGCUGCCAUUCCACACCCACACUCCCCAAACGGGGCAGAGUUUGCACAAAGUCCCCCAUAGUACUGGGGAGACCCAUGGGGGGAAUAGGAGGCGGGGAGAGGGGGUCUGUUCCCCCUGGUGGGGCUGAGGGGCCUGCGGUCGCCCCCACCUCUCCCUGUCUCUCGCUCCUCAAUAAAAUAACCUUCGACAGC